AUGUCCGUGAACUCGCAGACCAAUGGAAUGCCAGUCCUCCCAUUCACGCCCUUCGCUGGCGAUUCGCAACGGUCUGUAUUUGGUUAUACAGCACCGAAGCUUGGCGUGGGGGAUCUCCCUCUGUUCAUCAAGCCCCUGCCUGCGAAGAUUGGUCCUGAUGAGGUGGCGUACCUCGAAAAGAAGGGGGCUUUGACCGUCCCUACGGGCACCUUGCGCAGUGAGAUGCUUCGUGCCUACAUCGAAUUUGUGCAUCCCUAUAUGCCUCUACUGGAGCUCCGGGAGUUUCUGAUGACGAUUGACCAAGCUGAUGGAAGCCUCGGAAAAGUCAGCUUGAUACUCUAUCAGGCGGUCAUGUUCGCUGGUUCUGCGUUCAUUGAUAUGCAUUAUUUGCGUGCAGCGGGCUACGCGACUAGAAAGGAAGCUCGCAAAGAUUUCUUCCAGAAGACUAGGAUCCUAUACGAUUUCGAUUACGAGUCUGAUCGCGUCUCAUUAGUACAAGCUUUACUUUUAUUGACUUAUUAUUACGAAACUCCCGACGACCAGAAAGACACAUGGCACUGGAUGGGCGUCGCGACUUCGGUCGCGCAUACAAUCGGCCUACAUCGCAAUCCGGACAAGACCAACAUGGACAGCAAGCGCACGAAAUUAUGGAAACGGAUAUGGUGGUCGACCUACAUGCGAGACCGUCUGAUCGCACUUGGCAUGCGCCGCCCAACGAGGAUAAAGUCGGAAGAUUUCGACGUACCCAUGCUUACUUUGGAUGACUUCGAGAUUGCUGCCAUUCCUGAUUCCGUAUCCUGUGUUCCAACGGAUUGUCGUGCCGCCCGAGACGUUGGCUUGCAACGUCAAUUGGCCAUCAUGUGCAUUGAGAAGGCUAGGUUGUGCCUUUGCAUCUCUCACGUACUCUCAAAGCAGUACUGUGUUCUGAACAACAAUCAAGGCCUUCAAAACGAUCGCACAACUAUGAUGUUGUUACCUAAGAAGCUAGACCCCGAGACCAGCGAAGUCAAGGCCUGCGACGAAGAGCUGCAGAACUGGGUCAAGGAUCUCGCAAAAGAAGCUAAAUAUUCAGAUGAUUUUACAGGGGAUAAUUCGCUGGAUGUGAAUCGGGCCCUGCUUCACAUGGUUUUCUUUACUACGCUUUCCGCUCUGCACCGUCCGCAAGUUCUACCUUCAUCACAUGGUGGACCAGCGAGUGUUCCGGCCAAAACGAACGUUGCUUCGGACCUUCUCGAUGUUUCGCGUCGCAACGUUCGCCGCGCCGCUUCAGCCAUCACAUCGAUUGCGCAGCGACUUGACCAAACCGACCUCGUGAAGUAUUUACCUACCACAGGCGUUACAGUCCUGCUUCCUGCCAUUAUCAUUCAUUUACUGGAUAUCAAGGCACCUGAAGAUGACACUCGCCGCGCGUCUUUGCGUGGAUUCUGCCAAUGCAUGGCUGUCAUGGGCAAACUUAGGGAUCUGUACGCUGCAGCUGAUUAUUCAACUGCUUUCUUGGAGGCUGCGAUCCGCAAAGCGGGUAUUAAUAUCGCGCCUGCUACAUCACAAAUUUCAGGAGCAAACAAUACAGCAUCGUCAUUGGGUGAGAAGACUUCGCCGGUGACGUCGGUUGAGGAUCUGGUCAACGCGGGGAGACGAUUGGACAUGCAGGUUUUGGGCAACCCUGCAAUCGCCGCGUCGCAGCAACUGCAGCGCUCGACGCUAACACCGCCUCCGGAUAAUGGUACGACGAAUUUGCUUAUGCUGGAAAAGACGGCAGCAAAUGAUAACGUUACUGACGAAGAAGUCGCCCGCCGCCUCGAGACGUUCCUCGCGUCCACGCCACCAGAGUCCGACCACGACCACGACCAGAUACCUGCGAUCACGAUCGCGGAAGAUGCCGCGCCUACGGCUGCCCCAGCUGAGGCUACUCCUUUCAACAAGUGGAGUCUAAUGGAUAUACCGUCGAAUCCGUUCAACAACAUCAACCAUCACCAAGAUAAUGAGAUGCUCUACAGCAGUCUUCCGAUCUCGCACGAUUUCGAGGAUGGGGAGUUCGACAGCUUGUUGAACUUGGAUGCUGUGGGCGAGGCGUUCACUUUCAACGACACUAUGCUUGAGGGUGUCGACUGGAUGGAGACGAACGCAGGUCCGAUGGACGAGGCGAUCAAGGCGUGA